AUGUCUGUUCAGAUUUUCAAGGAUCAGGUUGAAGAGGAUAGGGGCGAAAAUGCCCGGAUGUCAGCAUUUGUCGGGGCAAUUGCAGUUGGUGAUUUAGUGAAAUCUACAUUGGGACCAAAAGGUAUGGACAAAUUGUUACAAAGUGCAAGUAAUCCUGAUCAUGCGAUAGUUACUAAUGAUGGUGCUACUAUUUUAAAGUCUAUCCCCUUUGAAAAUCCUGCUGCUAAAGUUUUGGUGAAUAUUUCAAAAGUUCAGGAUGAUGAAGUAGGCGAUGGAACAACAUCAGUAACGGUUUUAUGUGCUGAGUUGUUGAGAGAAAGUGAAAAAUUGAUUGACCAGAAUAUACAUCCCCAGACUAUUAUUGAGGGUUUUAGAAUAGCUAGAAAACACGCGAUGGCAACCUUGGAUAAAAGUGCAAUAAAUAACGGAUCAAAUCCAGCCAAGUUUAGAGAGGAUUUGUUAAACAUUGCUAAAACAACCUUGUCUUCCAAGAUUUUAUCCCAAGACAAGGAUAUGUUUGCAAAUUUGGCAGUGGAUGCCAUAUUAAGAUUAAAAGGAUCCACCAACUUAAAUCAUAUUCAAGUAAUUAAAAAAGUGGGUGGGAAACUAGCCGACUCCUAUUUGGAUGAAGGUUUUAUUUUGGAAAAGAGGUUUGGAGUUGGCCAACCCAAGAAGGUUCAAAAUGCAAGGAUAUUGAUUGCCAAUACCUCAAUGGACACUGACAAGGUCAAGAUAUUUGGAGCCAAGUUUAAAGUCGAUUCUACUUCCAAGUUAGCCGAUUUGGAAAAAGCCGAAAAAUUAAAGAUGAAGAACAAAAUUGACAAGAUUAAAAAGUUUAACAUCAAUGUAUUUAUAAAUCGUCAGCUCAUUUACGAUUACCCAGAACAACUAUUUACAGAUGCCAAUAUCAACUCUAUAGAACAUGCAGAUUUUGACGGCGUUGAAAGAUUGGCAUUGGUUACCGGUGCUGAAGUUGUUAGUACUUUUGAUCACCCAGAAAAGGUAAAGACGGGUUACUGCGAAUGCAUUGAGGAGAUAUUUAUUGGCGAAGACCCCUUUUUGAAAUUUUCUGGUGUUGCGGCAGGUGAAGCAUGUACAAUUGUGUUACGUGGUGCUACAGAGCAUGUGUUGGAUGAAGCGGAAAGAUCUUUACAUGAUGCUUUAUCUGUUUUGUCCCAAACUACCAAAGAUACCAAAACGGUACUUGGAGGUGGAUGUGCCGAGAUGAUUAUGGCAAAAGCUGUUGACCAGGCGGCAACAAAUGAAGCGGGAAAGAAAGCUCUUGCUAUUGAAGCAUAUAGUAGAGCCUUGAGACAGCUACCCACUAUAUUAGCAGACAAUGCUGGGUACGAUUCAAGUGAAUUGGUUAUAAAAUUGAGAUCCGCUAUAUACAAUGGACUAACGACUUCUGGAUUGGACUUGAACAAUGGUGUAGUAGCCGACAUGAGAGAAUUGGGCGUCGUUGAAAGUUAUAAGUUGAAAAAAGCCGUGGUGAACUCUGCAACUGAAGCAGCAGAAGUGUUGUUGAGAGUGGACAAUAUUAUUCGCGCCAAACCACGUACUGCUGAUAGAAACCGUUAA